CUACGUAGGGGUGAAAGGUCACCGGGUCCUGACGUGCGCUGUUUAGUUUGGCGCCAGCAUUUUUCGCGCGGGGAGCUGGCGAGCUGGAAGGAGCAGAAGAAGGGGCGAAGGAAAAAAAGAAAAUCAAAAAUAACGCAAGAAGUGAGCGGGACGGGGACAAUCCGCCGACAUAUCUCGUGUUCGCAGUCCUCGCUCGGCGUUUGGCCCUCCGUACAGUUAUGUCUGAAUAACUGAGGUGGAAGUGUGUGACGAUGAUGGCCACCGUUCAACCAGCCAGCUCGAGCCUGAUUCCUCUGUUGGAGUCACUUGAAGAUUCUUCGGUAUCUCCGACAGAGCAUAUCGAUGCCUAUCUCACUAUUGCCAACCGCCUCAGUGGAGAGGAGGGACAGCAGUUUAUUGUUGCGGUUGGCGCGCACUUUUCACGUCUAUGUACAGCAUUUAAGGGUCAUAUUUCAAGUUCAAAUCCAGAACUUAGUCAAGCUGCUCUUCAGGCCUUGGGGUUUUCUGUAUUUCACAGCAGUAUUGCCUCUGGGCUAACAGAAAAUUAUGUGGAAGAGCUGCUCACGUCCCUUAGUUCCAUUGCGGUCAAGUCCAGUGAUAAGAACACUUGUACAAGAGCACUAUGGGUGAUAGCCAAACAAAAUUUUCCUCCUGAGUUUGUGGGGAAAAAGGUUCCUGAUAUUCUUACAACAUUGGAAACUGUGCAUUCCAGGGAAGAUGUGCAGUCAGUGGUGAUGGAGCACGAAGCACUAAAUGUUGUUAUUAGGCUGUUGGAGCAGACCUCAUCUCAAAUGGGAGAGGGGGCAGUCAGGUGGGCGAAGCUGAUCAUUCCCUUGGUGGUUCAUUCGGCUCCCAAGGUGCGCCUGCGGGCAGCCGCAGCACUCGAACUGGGGAUGCCCCUGUUAGUGGAGAAGCAACAGGAGGUAGCAGCCAUCACGGAGCCUCUUAUGUCCUCUAAACUUAUACCUGAACUGCAGAAGCUUUUCUCAUCAAAGAAUGAGACCAACGUGUUGAAACUUUGGCCUUUAUUUGUUCGACUGCUGGGCAAGUCUUUACAUCGUGGAGGAACUUUUAUUAAUUCUCUUUUGCACUUGGAAGAGCUCGGGUUUCGCAGCAGUUCUCCAGUAGUAAAGAAAAUUGCUUUUAUUGCUUGGAAAAGUUUGAUUGAUAACUUUGCUUUAAAUCCAGAAAUUCUUUGCAGUACAAAGAGAUUAAAGUUGCUGAUGCAGCCUCUCUGCUCCAUACAAGUGAGGACUGAAGCACUGCUGCUUACUAAAUUGGAAGUCUGGUGGUAUCUGGCAGUGAAGCUUGGACCCCAUUUUGCAGCCAAUUUUGAGCAGGUUGGAAUCCCCCUAAUUCAAAGCACACUGAGUGCAGGUUCUCCUACUACGCCCACUUCCGGAAAUGCAAGAGGUUCUCCCAACCAGACCAUUGGUGCUUCUCCAGCUUCUUCUAAAGCUGGUUCAUUUGGAAGCCCGUCGGCUUCUCGUCUUAACCUUAACAACAGCAUGCAAGGUGCCGGCCUGCCCGCAUAUCCAUCAAUUCAGCUCCUGGGUGUUGAAAUGCUGCUUCAUUUCUUUUGUGGUCCUGAUGUCUCUACUGCUGUUGUGCAGAACAAACUUCAUCUCAGUCUCGAGCCGCUCACUCAUCCGUUAAUCUCCAGCAGUUCAUUUUUUUGCAAGCAUGCUGGUGUUCUGAUAAAUGGUGUUCAAGAAGGUUUUACUGCGGUCGGGAAGGAAGCUUCAAACUAUAUGCUUCUCCUCAUCUGGAAGAAAAUGAUUUCUUGUGUAAUGCUGGCAAUAGAAACGGGCAAUAAGAAGGAGCGUCAAGGCUCGGAGGUUUUGACUCUUCUCCUGCAAGCUUUAAAGCACAUAGUCACUUUGGAAGCACUUCCUCCACCUAAAGUACUGUGCCUGCUUGAAGCCACUGUGAAAGGAAUCCCCCCCAAGGUCCUGGGGUCCCCAGCCUAUCAGGUAGCCAAUAUGGAUGUGUUAAAUGGGACGCCGGCCUUGUUCUUGAUUAUCCUGUUCUUUCAGGGAGGCCUCUUAGAGUCGUUUGUAAUGGAUGAGAGGUUUUACACGUGUAUGGAGACUUUAGUCGGCUCUGGUCUGUGUGGCCCCACAUCUCCUCUGGCCUUCAGCGAGUCUGUCCUCAGUGUUAUUAACCAGAAUGCCUCUUUAGUGACCAACAAGGAGCAUCUUUGGAGAAUGUGGAGCAUCGUAGUCAAUCCUUUAAAAGAAAGCAUCACUCAGACUAAUGAAGUGAAUCAAGGAGAUGCCUUGGAAUAUAACUUUACUGCAAUUUAUAGCGCCUUAAUGCUGCCAAUUACGCAUCUUGUGACAGUCAAAGGAUUCCCUCAGGCCACGAUGAAGACUCUCCUGAAGACCUGGUCCGAGUUCUACAAGACGUUUGCCCGCUGCUCUGAACUGGUCGCCACAGCCGAAGAGAAUAUUUGUUGUGAAGAACUUUGUGCUAAGAUAAUGCAGGGUUUGGAAAAUAAUGAUCUUUUGAAUUCAUUGACGUUAGAGGCCUUUGUGAAUAUCUUACUGGUGAUGAUUGAGUGCAUCAACUUCUCACCUUACACUCCAAAGUUUCAGCAAAAAAACAAAUCACCUCAUACACCGUCCAGUUGGAAGAGAAAGAAGAAUAAGCCCCUUGGAAAUUUAACCUCCUUCAUGAAGAUCCUAGCUUUAGCCAUGAACUCGUUCCACAAAGUGGGAAUUUCGGACACGGCUGUGGACUCCUCCGUUCCUUCAGUGGGCAGUGCUGGGAUGACUUUGCUCAGCAUUCUGUCAGCGUUGUUCUGUAAUUUGUCUCUGGCACAACCCAUACAGGAGGUCCUUUCCAGCCUGACGAAGCCAAUGGCAGCCUUCUACGAAAGAACUGCGAAGACAUCCAGUGAACUUCCGAAGAUCUACGCCAACCUUGGACAAAAGCUGGAAAAACUGCUGUCGGACGUCUUUUCCUGCUUGCAGUCCAAGUUUACAGCUGCUUAUGACGACGAAUUGUUAGAGAAGAUGGCACCUGUUUUAAGAGUCACCUUUCUUCAUAAGAACAAACAGAUACAAAGCCAGACGGCGCAGUUCUGGAACUCGACCUUUGCGAAGGCCGCUACCCUGCGUUAUCCAGAGGAGCUGAAGGCCGUCUUAAACCAGGUGAGGCAGAAGAUUCCCAUCAUUCUGCCCGGCUUUGAAGCUGUGGAGAUGGCGGACUCCUUGAGUGGACCCUCGUCCGACAUUUGUGACAACUCUCAGUUGGACAUCAAAAUCAGUGGCAUGGAAUUAAAGUCGACCGGAAAGCGCGAGUCGCUGCUUACGAACGCAGAAGAAGUUAAAGAGAAGAGCGCCGGCCAUUCCAAAGCCGUCUCAGUAAAACUGGAUUUUGGUUCUGUGAAAAGUCCACGCAAAAUGUUGCUUCUGGAUGAAGAAAAAUCUGUGGAUUUUGUUUUCAUUCCUCCAGAGCAAAAGAAAAGAACGCUAACAGAACACCAAAAGGAAGUUCUGCGGACAAAGAGGGUUGAUAUUCCUGCCAUGUACAACAACCUUGACGCCUCUCAGGACACCACGCUGUUCACCCAGUACACCCAAAGCCAAGAAGACGCUGCGGCGACACUAAGUGAGGAUUCAGUGGGAAAAAACCAGAAAGAAGCCUCCGAGGACCCUGAGGAUACAUCUGAAGAGGUAAAGCAAAAAGCAGCAGAAGAUGGUCUGGUGAGGCCUUCAUCGGCUGAUGUGGUCUGCGGUGAUGAAGAUGACAGAGUUGUGUCCUCCACAGCAGAACAUCCACAAGCUGAUGGGUCCACAUCUGAAAACGGCGUGUGUGACGCCAGAAAGGAGGCGGACGUUUCGGUGGAAGACAGCAGCGUGAACGUCAGCAGCAGUUCCACCUCGUCGGACGUUGUGUCAGGGACGCCCCAGAAACCUGCCAGCCGAAGGCAGUCCUUUAUUACGCUGGAGAAGUUCAACCUGUCCAACUCCAAGGCUCCUAGCCCUGCUCGAGCCAAAACGUGUGCACAGUCCAGUCCCACCAUUUCAAAACCCGACAGCACAGAACCAUUGGAGGAGGACCCCAAAGAAACUGCAAUCCCAGCCGAGAAAGACCCUCAAACUCGGGGAGAAAAUGGGCCAUGUCUUGGGGACGUUCAUUUGAAACCGGCGCAAGAGAAUACAAGCCAGUGUGACAAAAUGACGGAGAAGCAAAGCCGAAACGAAGAGGCGGGUGACGCAAAGGCCGACGAGAAGUCCGAGACCAGCGACGUCCUGGAGGACUGCAUCCCAGACACGCAGAGCCAACCUCAGGAGGGUGGGCCAAAGGACGAGCAGGACAGAAGAAAGGAGAGUCAGGCCUCGGCUAAAAUGGAACUGUCGGCCGAGUCCAAAGAGAAUACGCCUCCGGAGGAGUCCGGCGAUGACAAAGGCAACCGAGAGUCCCAGAAUCUGUCCAGUCAGAGCGAGCCCAGGCGCUCGUCGAGACAGCGCAACAAACCGGUGAGGCCCGGAGAGAGGCCCGCAGAGAGCUCCGAAAGCCAGGAGAAAGAGGUCAAGGUCAAGCUGAAGAGGGGCCCGAAGAGCAAGGACGAAAAGAUGGCGGACAGAACGAUCCUGUCCGACGGAGAGCCGGCCAGAGACCUUCAGGGGUCCUCUCUGUCCCAAGAGGACUUGGGUGUGAAGAGCGAGGACAGGGUGACGAAGAGCUCCGUCACAAGCACCCCUGCGGGGAACGCGGACGCAUCGCACGAGGCAGAAGGAAACAAAGCGGCCCCUAAAGACCGAGUCCGGUACGUGACCAGGAGGUCCUCUCAGGGCCUGCUGUCCAGCAUUGAAAACUCCGAGUCUGACAGCUCCGAGCCCCUUGAGGACGGCGAAAAGUUGAAAAGGCCCGGCAGGGGCAGAAAGCCAAAGAAAGCGGCCAAGCUGGCCGAUCUGAAGACGUCGAGUGAUAAAUCCAAAGUGGUCGUGAGUGACGUGUCCAGCCCGGUCAUCCCGCCCUCCACGGGGGGCACCAGUGACCAGGAUACACAGAAGAGUGAAGAGAAGGAAAACUCCAAAGUCGACAUUGGCAGCGACAGCAAGCCGCCCGGCGCAGAUCUGUCCGAGCUGAAAGACGCCUCGCAGACGACGAGUGUGCCAAGUGUGCCCGCCGCCGCCUGUAAUAACAAAACGUACAGCGUGCACAGGACACUUAGUGAGCCCUCGAAGCGGGCCAAUCAGACUUUUACCAUCGCCAGCGACUUAACUGCCAUGCUGGACAGCAUGGCGACCGAGCCGACGGCUAGCGAGUACACGUCUGUGUUCCUGAGCUCGGCGAAGAGCCCCCCGGUGCACGUGUGCACUCACAGCCGCAGAGGCAGGGGGCGUAAGCGCUCCCGAGUGUGUAACUGUAGUUUAGACGCCGACGUGUCCCAGCAGCACAAGGUGCCCUGCAGUGGACAGGAGGUCAAGAUGUGCCAUGGCGACAAACCGGACCUGUCCUCCAUAGGCUCCCAGUUUGAAGACAGUGACUUAGUGGAGCCCAAUGCCAUGAGCACGCCCCUUCAUGCAAACAAGGACCCCGCCUUCUUCAGUAGCCCCGCCUACCAGGUGUCCUCCGAUGAAGACAAGAAGACUCUGAGCGAGUCCUCGGGUGGAGACGUCCAUCAGACUGUCGUCGGGGUAUCCGACUUAAGUGAAAAUGUAACCGUGCAGCAGAAAACCGAAACUCGGGCAACAUCUGACGUGCUAGAGGACGAGGGGUCCGUCAGGGGACAGGAGGACUUCUUGAUAGGAGAAAAUGAUCAGCAGCCGCCACUGCAGGAUCUGAUACAAACCUCACCAGGAAAGGAGGGGGACCACCUGUCUGACUCGGUGGGCGGUGCCGAGGACGAGCUCACCCAAGCAACCCACCUUGAAGGACUUGCUGCCAAGGAGAACGUUUCACCUGUGGACGCCGAGCCUGCCGCAGACACUUUAGAGCCCAAGGACCCCAUGCCAGAGGCAACCAGGUUAGGGUCUCCUCAGCAGGCCAAGGCUCCCCUUGGGGAUCACGUGCUGGAGAUGAUGGACCACAGUCCCAACGGCGCCAAGCCCAAAGGAGCCUGGUCUCCUACGGCAUCACCUUCUACCAGUAUUCUGAAGAAGGGCUUGAAGAGGUCUCUGGAGGACGACUCUCCGUCACCUCUGACUAAGACUCGGCGAGUGUCGUUUGCCAAUCCCCUCUACCAACAGGAACUGGCGGAUGACAUUGACCGACGCAGUCCGGUUAUAAGGCCAUCUUCUAACGGCUCCCCGAGAGCCAGAAGCCCCGUCACCCAGUCUGGGCAGCAAAAGCUCAUCACCACCCCGACCAAAGGCUUUCUGUCACGAAGUCCCCGCGGCCUGCAGAGUCCAGGAUUCAAGAGCUCCAAGAAGUGCCUGAUAUCGGAAAUGAGCAAAGAGUCCAAACCGAUUGCCACCGAUUGUGUGUACCCGGCCCUGGUGAGCUGCUCGGUGCCCGUGGAGGCCGUCCUGCCACAGCUGACCUCCAAUAUGUGGGCGCGAGGUUUGGGUCAGCUGGUGAGAGCCAAGAACAUCAAGACGGUUGGCGACCUGAGUGCCCUGACGCCCAGCGAGAUCAAAACUCUGCCCAUCCGCUCCCCUAAACUCUCCAACGUAAAGAGAGCCCUCAAGUCCUUCUAUGAACAGCAGCGGAAGCUGCGGGGCGCCGAUGAGCUCAAAGGCUUCGACGAAACGGAAAAAACUGACCAGUGAACCCGAAGAUGAAAAGGACCAGCUGGGCAGCGAGAAGCUCGAGACCAGUCUGGUGGACGCCCCCCCCGCAGAGGUGUCGGAUGCCAAGCCGGCGGUGGACCUCCCUUCGGACGUGGAAGCCCUGGGCGCUCGGUUCGCCUCUGAAGGCCUGGACCAGUACUCGGGCGGGCAGCUCCUGGCGAUGCACCGGCGGCUGAGCGGCAUGAUGGACGGUAUUGUGACGCACAUGCAGUCCCGCCUGGGGGCCGCCACGCCGGAGGGCUCCGUGUGAAGCCGGGCAUCGUGGAGCGACUGGCGCGCGCCUUCAUAGACACUGGAUUUUUAUUUUUUUUUGAUUAGAUUGGGAAGUUCAACCAGAGCACUGCACACUAAAAAUAAUCAAAGACUUGACCGAGAGACCUGGACAGCCCCCCGCUGAGCCCCCCAAACGCCUUCUUACAGUACGUCUCGUUUUAUUGUGUAUUUUGGAAUAAAGGAGCAUACAUUCCUAUAA